GUGUUCUACUUGGGCACAAAUUGUGGCAAUGGUUACCUUUCUUUUGGUAAAUUUCUUUUUGAUCAAUGCAGCUGAUUCUGAAAAUGAAUCUACCGAAUCUGAUGAUGAGUUUCAGAUCUGUGAAAUUUGCAAUUCCGAAGAGGAAAGAAAAAAAUUGCUCCAAUGCUCCUGUUGUGGUCAGCGCGUACAUCCUGCAUGUUUAGUCCCACCUAUGGUAGAUGCAGUAGCUGGCGAUUGGUCUUGUCAUUCAUGCAAGAUAAAAACUGAUGAAUAUAUCCAAGCAAAUCAUGUCUACUUAGCAGAACUGUUGAAGAGGUAUGAAGGAGCUAUGGAGCGCAAAUCGAAAAUUCUUGAGAUAAUUCGUAAUUUGGAUCUUCCGAACAACCCAUUGGAUGACAUUAUUGAUCAGCUUGGAGGGCCUGAUAAAGUUGCAGAAAUUACAGGGAGGCGACGCAUGCUCGUUAGGACCUCUGAUGGAAAAGGUGUCACUUAUCAGGCACGGAACACCAAGGAAGUAACCAUGGAAAUGGUCAAUAUGCAUGAGAAACAACUCUUCAUGGAUGAUAAAAAGCUGGUCGCUAUCAUUUCUGAAGCUGGAUCUGCUGGCGUUUCUUUGCAAGCGGAUAGAAGAGCAGUAAAUCAGAGAAGAAGAGUUCAUUUAACUUUAGAAUUACCUUGGAGUGCAGACCGAGCCAUUCAACAAUUUGGAAGAACUCAUCGGUCAAAUCAAGCUUCUGCACCUGAGUAUAGGUUACUCUUUACUAAUCUUGGAGGUGAACGCCGAUUUGCAUCCAUUGUUGCCAAGAGAUUGGAAACUCUUGGAGCCUUAACACAAGGAGACCGUAGGGCUGGACCCACUCUGAGUGCUUAUAAUUAUGACAGUGCUUAUGGAAAACGGGCCCUAAUGGUGAUGUAUAGAGGAAUCAUGGAGCAGGAUAUGUUGCCAGUUCUACCUCCAGGUUGUUCAUACGAGAAACCAGAAACUCUUCAAGAUUUUAUUGUCAAGGGAAAAGCUGCUCUUGUUUCUGUGGGAGUAGUUAGAGACACAAUUCUUGGUAAUGGGAAGGACUCUGGAAAGUUUUCUGGCCGUAUAGUUGAUUCAGACAUGCAUGAUGUUGGACGUUUCCUUAAUCGGCUCCUGGGACUGCCACCUGAAAUCCAAAAUAGGCUCUUCGAGUUAUUUGUCAGCAUCCUUGAACUUCUCAUUCAAAAUGCACGUAGUGAAGGCCAUUUUGACUCUGGCAUUGUUGAUAUGAAAGCUAACAUUAUUGAACUACAAGGGACUCCAAAGACCGUUCAUGUUGAUCAUAUGUCCGGGGCGUCCACUGUGCUAUUUACUUUCACAAUGGAUCGUGGGAUCACAUGGGAGUAUGCAUCUACCUUGCUUGAUGAGAAGCAAAAGGAUGGGCUUGGUUCACCUAAUGAUGGAUUUUAUGAAUCUAAGAGGGAAUGGCUAGGAAGGCGACACUUUCUUUUGGCAUUUGAAGGUUCUGCUUCUGGAAUGUAUAAGAUAUUCCGCCCUGCUGUAGGGGAGGCAGUGAGGGAGAUGUCUCUAGCAGAACUAAAAAACAAGUACAGAAAAAUUUCAUCACUAGAGAAAGCUCAUAGUGGUUGGGAAGAUGAAUAUGAAGUUUCAUCUAAGCAGUGCAUGCACGGCCCCAAUUGUAAGCUUAGCAACUUCUGUACAGUUGGCAGAAGGCUACAGGAAGUAAAUGUUCUGGGCGGUCUCAUUCUUCCUGUUUGGGGAAUUAUUGAGAAGGCCCUUGCUAAGCAGGCACGACAAAGCCAUAAACGACUUCGAGUUGUGCGUAUAGAGACUACCACUGACAAUCAGAGAAUUGUUGGGCUUCUUAUCCCAAAUGCAGCUGUUGAAUCCGUUCUUCAAGAUUUAGCCUGGGUUCAGGAUAUUGAUGAUUGAGAUGAAAUGACAGAGGCCAUUUUUGCAUUUUUGCCAAGUGAUGACCAGUAGGUACCCAUAUCUGAGCAGGUUGCAACGCUGUCCUUGCCAUGAUGCAAACAACAUUUGGAAAAAGGAAAACAGCUCAACCAGGCAUGGGGAAAAGAAAAAGAAAAAGAAAUCGAAUAUUUAUUUUCUGCAUCAUGAAGUGGAAAUUACUGUGCAGUCUCACAAAGGUCAACAUGUAAUUUGUCUUUGGAUCCAUUAUUUUUGGCUUAUAUAUUUUUGUGUUGUAAUUAUGAGCAUUGUCACGCAAGGCAAAUAAUAAUCCUAUAGCUGCAUUGGAUGUUGUUCACCAUGAACAAACUUUGUAUCACAUUUAAGUUGAUGAAAAUACUUGAAUCACAAUCACAAUCACAAUCACAAAAUUAUGUGAAACAUAUCUGAAAUGUAAGAAUAGUUUUUGGUUCAGAAUUUGUUGUUCAUAUGCUGAACAGAAAGCAAGAAAUUCAAUUUACCCACUAUGAGAAUUAUUAUUCAGCCAA